UCCCCCAGAUCUCACUCCUCGACUCUCCCCGUCCUACUCCUCUUCCCCGGCCGUCAUGGAGGACGCCGCGAACCCCAACCAGACAUCUUCCACCUCCGCGGCCGCCGCCGCCGCUGCGGCGGCUCAGCACCAGCAGCUCCAGCGCCAGCUCUUCCUCAUGCAGCAGGCACAGGCGCAGGCGCAGGCUCAGGCCCAGUCCCACCCGCCGGCGCAGCAGCUGUCUCAGCAGGCCAUGUCCCGCUUCCCCUCCAACAUCGACGCUCACCUCCGCCCCCUUGGGCCGCACCGCUUCCAGCAGCCACCGCCAUCGCAACCCCAGCCCCAGCCGCAUUCGCAGGGCCCAUCGCAACCGCAACCGCAGUCACAGCCGCAGGCGCCUCCGCAGCAACAGCUGGCGGCACAGGCUAGGGGCCGGAGCCCCGAGGUGGAGAUGGCGCUUCAGGACGCCAUGCGGGUCUGCAACCCGGACAUCAAGACGCCUUUCCAGUCCCUCGAGGACGCCGUCAGCAGGUUGUUGCCUUACCAUGUUGUUGCCGACUACGAGGCUGAAGAAGAUGACAGGAUCCUUGACAGUGAUGCAACUGGCCAGAUUCCUUCUCGCCUGCAGCAAUGGGAUCAUAACAUUCUGGUAAAGAUUGCUGAGUUUACAACAACUUUUGAGAAGCAAGUGUUGGCAUACAACAUAAUGACCAAGAAAAGGGCCAUUGGCGAGUUUCGAUCGGAGGAGCGACUCAUGCUAGAGCAAGCUUUGUUACAGGAGGAGAAGCAGGCUAUGAUGGAACUAAGAGCAGAGAUAGAAUCUAGGGAGAAAGCAGGUCGUGAGGCUGCUGAAGCUAAGAUGCGCAUGGCAAUGGCUGAGCAGGCUCGAGUGGAGGCCCAAGCACACUCUGAUAUGAUUGGUCAGGGCCCUUUGAGGUCCAAUGCUGCAGCAUCCCAAGGCGAUGAUGGCCCUAGCCAUGACAUGGUGCAAGAACAGGGUGAAGAAGGAUGGGAAAAUGCUCAAAGGGAUGGUGAUGAUCCGUCCGAGGAUUUCCUCAAUGACGAGAAUGAACCAGAGAAUGGAAACUCUGAUAUGCAAGAGGACUGGCGUCGAUCGGGGGAAUUUGAUCUAAACUCUAGAUAAGACAGGUGAAGUGGCGUAGAUUGAGGAGCACAUUCAAAACUUGGAGAUAAGGCCUGGUGAUGCAUCGGCUUGCAACUUAUCUCCAGUCUGAAAGAUACUCCCUCCGUUCCUAAAUUCUUGUUGUGGUUUGAGUUCAAGUUUGAACUCUUGAACUCAAACCAUGACAAGAAUUUAGGAACAGAGGGAGUAUAAUUUAUCGUGUGUAUGUGGCUGUAAACAGGUAGUUGCAAACAAGUUAGCUGCUCAUGUUUCUGACAAUGUAUAGAAUGUUGCAUCUGUAUGAUGUAAAGCUAAAUUGUGGAUGGGCUUCGACAAUCUCAAGUUUAAAUGUUACUUGCACUCGUAUUCCUGAUUGCAGAAA